GAUAAAGAUGGCCUCCCCUUCUACGAAAGCGCGAUUGUUCUCAGCAAAGAAAGAGGCCAGGGCGGAACUGGACAAGGGAGGAGAUUGGGGGAUAUGUAAUGAGGCAAUCUAACAGACUCGUUUGUUCAUGUUCGUACUCUGUAACACAGCAUCUGAGAGAUUUUGCGGUUUUGUUGCGGCCUGCAGGUUCGGCUCUCUUCUGCUCACCUCCCAACCCCCCAACCCCACCUUCUCGCCUUUCCUUCUCUCCACGAAGAAGAAAGUACAAGGCCUCUCAUUAAAGACCUAAACGGGGCUGCCUUCGUCCCGUACCCUGGUCCGUCUUAAACCCACUCGUUUAUCAAUCCUCCUCUUUCCCCCCCCCUGCCUUCUUCUCCUUCUCCUCUCCGUCCACCUGCAUCCCACAUCCAAUCCCACACCUGUUCUACACAUACACAGACACACACACCUCCCCUGGACUUACUGCCACCAUUCCAAUGUCGGCUGCCUGGCCUCCGCCUGUGGCCUCACCGUCCUUUCUCACAUCCAUCAUCAGCUUCCUAGGACUCGAUGACGCCCGCUUCGCUCCUUCGGACUGGAGCUUUGAACGCAAUCCCUUCUGGACGACAUUCCUGCUCACCAUUGUGGUCUUCCCCUGUCUGUUCUAUCUCACCUGGUACCUGAACCCAUCGAUGACCAAGAAUCGCCUGGGACUCUCCUGGGUGAUGGGAUUCUACUCGGCCACGCUUUUCACGAUCGCGGGUCUGUACGAGGUACCCCAUCUGCGGACCAUCUUCAACGCAGCGGUCGAUUAUCACCCGGUGGCAACAUCCGCAUCCAUCGUUGCAGCACCGAUUACGACGGUCCAGGCCGCCGCACUGGCCACAUCCAUGGAGGCGGUUGAUCUGGCGAGCGCUGCAGCAAGGGAUAUCUGCUAUCCAAUUUUGAAGGCCGGAACACUGGCACUUGUGUCGACGCUACCGUCGUUCUUGAGGUUAGAUUCAGGAUCGUAUGCGAAGUAUUACUGCUUUUCGGACUUUGGAUGGUAUGGGCAAAGCAGUGUCAGCGGCAGCGGCAGCGGCAGUUCCAUUGUUGCGUCCGCCACUGCUCUGAACUCGUCCUCCUCAAAGGGAUUCCCAGUCAAGGCCGUCGAUCUCUCCCAUGCGGAGAGCCAUGCUCGGACGAACAGUGUCGAUGCCAAGAGAGACAUUGGUGCAGACAGGACCCAAUACAAGGAUGGACUCUUGAGCGAGGGACCGCUGUCGUUACGGCAUCGGGUCUUCCAGGGACAGAUGAAGCGUCCACACCUGGCAUUCUCGCUAGAGAAUUACCCGGACGAUGGGCGAAUCGGGCCUCAUAUCAUCGCGGCGAACUUUCAGGGGUUUUUGGUGGUGGAUCUGGUCCUGGGACUGAUUCAUUACCGCAAGCAGCUGGAGCCGUUCUCGACGGUGGUGCAUCAUAUUAUUUAUUAUUUCAUUGUGGUGCACAUGCGGGCCGGGGACAUGCUGUCGGUGUUCUGCAUCUGCGGGACGCCCAUUGAAGCUUCGAGCAUCUUCCUUGCCUUCGGACGCAUGUUCCCCCACCGCCGGACCGCGACGAUCGAACGCCUGUACCUGUUCUGCUUUGUGGCCACCCGACUUACUUACGUGGGCCUACUCUGGCACGAGAUCUUCUUCAAUUACCCGGACAAGUCGGUCGCGUUCCUGUACACGGUCACGAUGUCUCUUCAUCUGUACUGGUUUGUGCUCUACAUCCAGACCCAGAAAAAGUUCCAGGCCAAGCAGCGGCGUCAGCAGUUGUGUACGGUCCUAGAGUCGCUCGCCGACACUGCUAGGUCUGAAUACAUCACUGCCACGGUCGAGGGCGUCGAUAUCUGUGCGGCUCCUGGCCCUGGCCCUUGGAAGGAUAAGCGGCCUGAUCAGUCCGAGAACAAGGCGACGGCGGUGGUGUUGGGCGAGGAUCAUCAGCGGCGGCUUGAUUCGCUAGAGCGGGAGCAUGGCGGGGCACAGGAGAUUUAGAGGAGGAGGCGGUGUUCGGUCGCAUGGAGAUGUGUGUAUGUAACGCGGGCGUGCGGGGGUUCGUUUCCACGAAGGAAUAGAUCUUGCAGCUAUUAUACCUUUUACUUUUACUUUUACUUUUUUCUUUCCUUUGUGAGUGUGUGUGUGUGAAUGUAGAAAGUAUAUAAAGGAAGAAUAAAAAAAAAAACAUGUACUUACUGGA